AUGGAUGCUGAGAGACUUGCUAUGAUUGGUGCACUAGUUCAGCAGCAGAAUCAGAACCUACUCAGAUUGCAACAAGCUGUUGACAGAAGGAGAAGAGAGAGAAGAAGGAGAGACAGGGUUGUGUGGGUAAGACAGUGGAUACUGAGAAGACCUGAACAUGGACUGUAUGAGAAACUGAUGGUGGAGCUGAGGAAUGAGGAUCCACGAGCCUUUCAACACUUCAUGAGGAUGCCACCAGCCAUGUUUGAUGAACUUGUACAGAGGCUGACCCCCAGAUUGACCAAGCAAGACACCAACUAUGCCUGGAGCGUUCCCCACAACACCGUCAGUGUGGUUGUCAGAGAAGUGGUAGAGGCCAUCAUUGAGGAGUACACAGAUGAACUCUUGUUUUGCCCAACAACUGAACAAGGAUGGAGAGACCUGGCUGAUCAAUGGUACCAGAGAUGGAACUUUCCCUACACAGUUGGUGCCAUUGAUGGCAAGUACGUGGCCUGUAAAGCUCCUCGUAACUCUGCCCCAGAAUUCUACAACUACAAGGGCUUUCAAAGUGUGAUCCUCUUUGCCAUGGUGGAUGCUGACUACAAGUUCACCUACAUUGACGUCUCGGGCAACGGCUCAUCCUCAGACGCUCAGAUCUACAACGAAAGUGAUCUCCAUCGUGGGCUGGACCAGAACAGGAUCCAUGGCUUUCCUCAGCCAGACCUUCUACCCAAUGACAAUCAGGAUGUGCCUUACUUCAUCAUCGGGAAUGACGCCUUCUCACUGCGGACCUACCUCAUGAAGCCGUACAGCACCAGAAACCUCACCCAUGAAGAGCGCAUCUUCAACUACCGGCUGUCCAGGGCAAGAUGGGUCAUGGAGAACGCUUUCGGCAUCCUGACCAACAGGUUCCAGAUCCUGCUCACCACCAUGCAACAUCACCAUGAAACUGUCAGAAUCAUCGUGGAAGCUUGCUGCAUCCUCCACAACCUGAUGCGCACCCGCUACCCAGUGCUCCAGAACAGGCUUGUGGACCGUGCACAACCAGAUGGGAACCUGCAGCCUGGGGCAUGGAGAGAAGGACAGAACUUGGAUGACACUGUUGUUGUGCAAGGCCCCAACACAGCCUCACGUGAUGGGAAAAGGCAGCGAAAUCUACUCAAGCAUUGGUGCAACUCCCCAGCAGGGUCAGUGGACUGGCAGGAGAGAAUGGUGGCUAUCAACUGA